CGGCGAGAGGAGGAGGAUAGGUGCGAGGGGACGGCGAGAGCGCAUGCCCGACAGCCCCUGUGAACUCUGGGGAUCGUACGCGCACACCCCCCGGCGAUGCAGUCGCCAAUGCGAACACCUCAGCGGAGCAGCGCACGGGGCCAGCAUGCGGCUCGAUGUCAAAGUAGCUCUGUGCCUGCUACUCUGCGUGGUCUACUCGACCGAAGCUGCCUCGCGACACGCCGUCGCCAAGCGCAACUACAGCGACCAGAGCGUUCGCGGCUACCUGACCGAGAGAACGUGCUGGUGGAACGAGGUGUGCAAGGAGGAGUUCCACAGCAAGUUCAGGUGCCGCUGCCCAAGAUGGUCCUAUUGUCGGGCGCCCGGCCGCUAUUACGACGCACACUGCAGCAUCACGCACACCGGCUACAUCUGGACGCAGCCCGAAACUUCGGCGUCCGCGGAUCCCGCCGAUAAAUAGAUUGGCCUUCCUUUUCUCUCGGCUCGCCCGGAUAACUCGCAUAGUCGUCCGAAUGUAUUUCUCCGCCUUCGUCGAAUGCUUUUAUGCUAUCCAGUAGCUUGCAAAAGAUCGACUUCUCUGUCGGUUACUCUAGUCUUGCAGUCUCCCCCCCCCCUUUUCUUUAUUGUCAUCUGCGAUUAAUUAAGAUAGACGGUCCACUUUACGACUCUUAACUGGACAUAAAUAACGGGUUUGACGAAUAAGGUUGCUCAUAAUAUACGAUAAAUGAUAAGCAUUCACGUUAACGUUACACCAUUCAAUUCUCUCUAACUAUAUAUUAUAUGGAUCGUUAUGCCUUUCAAAGUUUGUGAUUUUCAAACUAAGAUGAAAAAAAAGUUUGAACGUAGAGCAGACUAAAAAUUGACUUCAAAAUGAUAUACAUGUAAAAAUAGACAGGUAAAUCGAUACUAUUAUACGCGAGGCUAAUGCUCAAAUGAAUCUUUACUGCUGGUCGGGACGCAGAGAAUUUUUCAAUCAAUAGGCUUGCCCGAUGUGCCGUGAUAAUAAUUUAACGACUUGUUUUUCAUUUCCAACAAGCUCUGCCAUUGUUACCCGCCAGCGACGUGCGCUGAAUUAGAGAAAGUACACGUUGAUUACAUUUUAACGAUCAGUUCCGUUCUAGAAAAUAUCCGCGAAAUCAGCUAUUUAGAAAAAAAAAGGAACGACAAUAUGCAACGAAUAUACCACUUGCACGUAACUUUAACCUUUUAAGGACGGGACUGCGGUCGAUAUUUCGACCUCUCAAGUAUCGUAAUAUUUUUGAAUGAUUUUGGGGGAUAGUGAUUUCAAGGUCAAAUUUUUUAUUCGGUAUUUUGACAUGUCAAUUGAUAUAUACACGUGAUGUGAUGCGCUGAAUACGAAAACAAUAAAACAAUAGUGUUGCGUAUAGCCAAUGAAACAUUAUCAUAAAGUCAAAUAUUUUGAGAUGAGAGGCAAGGGGAUUCACAAAAAGCAAGCACUCCAAAGGGAUCAAAUUUUCGUCACACCCACGCUGUUGAUCCUGGGUCAUACUAAGAGCGAAAACUGAAAUAUUUCUUGCAAAUGACACUUAUAAUAAACGUUACUAUUUUUCUGUAUCCAACGCAUACAAAAACGUACGGAUAUCAUUUCGGACAGAAAACAACGGAUUUAACCUUGAAAUGCAAUUUUCGAGAUCAGAGAUGUCUUCUGAACAUUUUUUAUUAUGUUUUUCGUAUUCAGCGCAUCCAAUUACUUAUGAAUGCACUGUUAAUUCCACAAAUAAGAUUUUUACAUGGGACUUUUUGUCCCAGACAGGACUGGUCGAAAUCUCGACCAUGAAAUUUGUCGGGCACUUGACGUGACGGAUUCUUCAAUUUUACGUACAAAUAUCAUACCGUAUAAGAAAAUGUCCAAUUUUAACGCAAAAAUUCCCGUCCUGAAAAGGUUAAGGACGAAUGACGUUUACUGCAACGAUCGUUUGGGAGAUAACGUUUAAUGGUUAAAAUCCUCUUAACACUGUCCAUAGUUGUUGGACUUUUCGUAGUUAGUAUCAGAAAUGCUUGUCGCCCGCUGUCUAGUAGCUUCACUGAAGUUUGCCUAGACUGUAAUUGAUGCUGACGCUUUAUGGUCAUAUAGGAUAUAUCUGUUCUACGUCGCUCGCUGACGAUUACACUGAAGUGAUUAUUGAAGGUGCCUGUAUGCUCUUAUAAAAGAAAACUUCAGCUUUUCUUUUGUCAAUGUUUUAAUGCUCGAACGGAACAAACAAUCUACACACUUAGUUUAUAUCAUUUUUCUACAUACUGUACGAUAAACGCACAGGAUGGCCGUGCUACUCGAAAAAACGUUUCGUAGUAUUUGGGAAAGGAAAAUUUGAAUAGAGUAAGAUCUAAAUAAUUGCUGAUCACUAGUGAAUAACUCGAAUUGGAUUUAUUGAAAGACAACAUUGAUUAUUCGAAAACUAUCGAUUUUUGAAAGUUCAUAGACCAAGAACCGCACGCUUGCUCGUACGUUCGAUUAAAUAAAAAAAGCAACAAUAACAAUUUCUAUGAAUAAUUUAAUAAAAAUUCUAUUGUUUACAAAUAAUAUUUAGAUACACAAAGAAUAUUUGGUAAUAUUCUACCCAAAGUCUACGAAAAUUAGUCAAAUUAUCACGGAACAUUGUAUUAUAUUAGUUUGUACGCAAAUAAAAUGAAAUUGAUGGAAUAUAAGAUUGAAAGACAAUAUUACACAAAAAGUGUUCUACAUAUUAUAGAUAUAUACAUGCAAUACCGAAGCGUUCAUUUAUUAGACAUUGUUAUAAUAUUGUAAUAUAUUUUGAAAACUCAUA